CGAGGCGGAGGAGGAGGAAGAAAGAACGAAAGGAAGAAAAGAAAGAAAGAUAGCCAGAAAGAAAGAAAAAGACGACAAGGUAAAAGAGGAGAAGAGAGAGAACAAACCGCAGCUCCUUUUAAGGUAAGCAUGGCGAUGACAGGCCAGAGCUCGUAUUCCUCUAUGAGUAACCACACCAAAGAGCGUGUCACCAUGGCCAAAGUGACCCUGGAAAACUUUUACAGUAACCUGAUUGCCCAGCAUGAAGAGAGAGAGAUGAGGCAGCAGAAGUUGGAGAAGGUGAUGGAUCAAGAGGGCUUGGCUGAUGAAGAGAAGCGUGUCCGACGUUCUCAGCAUGCAAGGAAAGAGACAGAGUUUCUUCGUCUGAAACGCACUCGACUGGGCUUGGAGGACUUUGAGUCGCUCAAAGUGAUCGGCCGAGGAGCUUUUGGGGAGGUCCGACUGGUGCAGAAGAAAGACACCGGCCAUGUCUACGCCAUGAAGAUCCUUCGCAAAGCUGACAUGCUGGAAAAAGAACAGGUUGGUCAUAUUCGUGCUGAGAGAGACAUCCUGGUGGAGGCAGACAGCCUUUGGGUGGUCAAGAUGUUCUACAGCUUCCAGGACAAAAUGAACCUCUACCUUAUCAUGGAGUUCCUCCCAGGAGGAGACAUGAUGACCCUGUUGAUGAAAAAGGACACUCUGACAGAAGAAGCCACCCAAUUCUACAUAGCAGAGACGGUACUAGCCAUUGACUCCAUUCACCAGCUAGGCUUCAUCCAUAGAGACAUCAAGCCAGACAACCUGUUGCUGGAUUCCAGGGGCCAUGUGAAGUUGUCCGACUUCGGUCUGUGCACUGGGCUGAAGAGGGCUCACCGCACAGAGUUUUACAAGAACCUCAACCACAGCCUCCCCAGUGAUCUCAGUAAGCAAACUUUCCAGAAUAUGAACUCCAAGAGGAAAGCAGAGACCUGGAAGAGGAACAGGAGACAGCUGGCCUUCUCUACAGUGGGAACACCAGAUUACAUUGCUCCUGAGGUCUUCAUGCAGAAUGGGUACAACAAACUCUGUGAUUGGUGGAGCCUGGGGGUCAUCAUGUAUGAGAUGCUUAUAGGCUAUCCCCCAUUCUGCUCAGAGACUCCCCAGGAGACCUAUAGGAAAGUAAUGAACUGGCGUGAAACACUGACCUUUCCUCCUGAAGUGCCUAUCUCAGAGAAGGCCAAAGACCUCAUCCUCAGGUUUUGCUGUGAGGAGGAGCACAGAAUUGGUGCCACCAGUGUGGAGGAGAUCAAAUCCAAUGCCUUCUUUGAGGGAGUGGACUAUGAUCAUAUCAGAGAGAGACCUGCUGCCAUUCCCAUAGAGAUCAAAAGCAUUGAUGACACGUCUAACUUUGACGAAUUCCCUGACUCAGAUAUCCUUCAACCAACAGCCACUCCAGUGGUGUCAAACCAGACUGAGGCGGACCUGAAGAACAAGGACUGGGUCUUCAUCAACUACACUUACAAGCGCUUUGAAGGCCUUACUGCUCGAGGGGCCAUACCAUCCUACAUGAAGUCAGGAAAGAGAUGAAUACCUUCUUCAGCCCAGAAUACCACCACAAAAUCAAAUAGUGCUCCCCUAAACCCUUUUUCUGAAGACCUGCACCCCUGAACAGGUAGCAAUGAGUUCCACCCUGUGAAACCAAGCAUUGCUCCUGCUCUAUCCUGCUGAAAUGACAAGGAUUCUUGUCACAGAGGCCAUGGUAUUCAUGUUGUGGAGCUUCAUUUUCCAAACAAUUCCAAUGCAAAUGAAUAAAGGGGCUCUCUGUUUUUUUGCUGUCCAUCACACCACAACGUUUUACUUCUACACAUUGGGAGGAUCUACCACCAAAGAGGAUUUUCUGCCUUUGUUGCAGCUCUUCACUUUGACUCAACCAAGGUUCAAUCUAUAUUCUAUGGUCUAAUUUGUCAGUACUUGUGAAUAAAGUGAUUCCGACUCUUUCCACCUCUCUUUCACAUAAGUGGACUACACUGGGACUUCUUAACUUUGACUCCGGUUACCAGCAUUUUUCUCUUGUUCCUCUCCAUAAACCAGCAUUAAGUCUUACACUAGGCUGUUGUACCAGCAAGGAACUAGAAUCCAGUGUGCCUUGCUGUUUUACCAAGGGCUCUUCUACUUCCAACCCAGGACUGUUUGGUUCUUCUUCACUAAGUAUUUAAUUCAAUUUACAUGUUAAGUUGGAAUUGAAUUAAAACAUUUCAUUUGUGUGUCACAGAAGUGACAUUCAAGUGCUCUUCAGGGAUUCUGUCCAAUGUUUGUUUUUUUCCCCCUCCUGGAGCUUACUUCUGAGGCACUUUCAAUGUGCUGCUGGCUUGGCCUAAGUUUGCCUGUUUUAUCAAGAUGGCUCUGAACCAAAGACAAUGUGAGCUGAACUAAUCAUAACUCAAGUCAUGUUUCUACUUGGUCUUUGUGUAAUGUCACUUCUUGUAACUUUGAUAACUAAGUAGUUUUGUAGAUUGAUUUAUGCAAUUGUUUGUGAAUGGCAAGAUAAUCACCAUUUUAGAAUGCUAAGUUUUGUGGAGCUUGUAGGCACCAGAAAUUAAGAUUCAGCCUAUAAUUUGACAUUGACCUUCUUUGGCUCUGUGGCACUUUGUGGUGAGAAAUCAAUCGAAGACCAUACAGUAGUUGGACCGGACAGCAGAGUUUCACCUGCUACUUAUUUUGUAUCAGUUUUUAGAGUGCUCCUACUAUAACUGAUUUGAGUAUAUUUAUUGGACUUGUAAAAGUGUCUCCCCCCUAACCAUCCACAGCUGAUAAGGGAUUUUGAAUAUGAUAUUUUUAGACUCACGUCAACAUUGGUUUGACCAUUUCCAUUCUAAAAGUAGAGGUGUUCAGUGUUUCCUCCUGAAUUGUAUUCUUGUUAGGCUGCAAUAGCCCAUGACACAGUAUGUACCAUCAUGGGAUGCACAAACUCUCAAGUGAAAUUCAGACUAAUGAAAUUCUUUGUUUUAAAGCAGAAUGACACAUCCCACCUGUACAAUGGUAGGGGAAAUACUUUGAUAUAAGACGUCUUUAUAUGGAAGAAAAAAAGAUCAUUUAAAUUGAUGAAUUAUGAAACUUACAGUUCAUUGCAGAAUUUACAGUCACCUUUCUCUCUCUUCUCUCCUUUUUAUGUUCAUGUUAGAGCCACCUUUAAUCACAGGUGGAUAGCGUGACUGAAAAUUGACACUUAAUAAAAUAAGUAUCCAUCAGCUUGCAGAUAUAUCAGUCUAACCCUAGUCCGUACAUAUUAUGAAUCUGUUAUGGAUCUUGAUCAGAUUUUCCGACCGAAAUAGCCUCAUGAGAAUAGAAAAACCUUUUUUCUAAAAAGACAAGAACAUUUAUGAAUCCAUGACAAGAAACCAUGAACCAUGAGACCUGCUGUUGAACAGUAGUCUUGUUAAAACUGAAAGGAGAAAGAAAGAAUAAUGGACAGCUCCAUGCUAUGCUCAUGGCAGUUGUUGAAUUUGUGGGUCAGCAACUUCCUCUUGGACUGUUUAGUCUAUGUUGGGUAGUAGGAAUCCUUUAAUGAAUUUGUCCAAAAGAUAGCUUAAAGGUUAAGUGUGUAUCAGUUAGAAUGUCCUCAUUUCUCAAGGACAUGCAACACCUUACAACUGUAACUACAGGGCUGAGCUUUUCCAGCAAACAAUGUCCCAAAUGCUGUCAUUUAAAAUGAAUGUAAAUGGAGAUGUAUUGAGAAAGAGGUCUUAUAAUACCACAAUAAUUCUGAAAUGCUGUUAUUUGAAUGUAGGCUGGAUUGUGCAACUGUGUUUUUGUUUAUUUUUUUCUUCUUUUUGUGCUGAGACAUGAAGUGUUUAAAAAAAAAAAAAAGGUAUGUUUCCAGGCUUUUUCUUUAAUUGUCGGUCAUUACGGCCAAUGCAUUGUAUAUUCAGGUAGUGUAUAGACGGUGCUGAAAUUGUAACACAUGAAUUUUUAGAUAACAAGCAAUGGUGCUGUUUUCCUGUGGCAGAUGUCUCACUUCUUGGACUGCUUUAUGUUAUAGUGAUCCUUCUGCAUGCUUUUAUCAAAUAGCAGACAAGUUCGCAAAGAGUGAACAACUACCUGGAAUAACCAUUUUUCUUUUAUUUACACCCCUUUGUGUGUGUGAUCUGUAGAGCUGUUACUGAGGAUGUCAGUAAUGCUCAGUAAAAAUGAUGGAAACUUGGAUUGUUUUAUAGCCCUUACAGAGGUGAAAGGAUGAGUGUCACUCACAUUUUUCUGAAUGCUAUACGUCUAUCCCAUGUACUACAUUAUCUGGGGACCAGAACUGAAAAAGACAUUGAAUCAUUAAAGGGGAUACAGGAAAAUGGAUGCACAUUAUUUGAAAAAGGUGUCUUAUUGUGGCACAUUCCUGUGGUACUGUUAUUCUGCUAUGGCAUGAGUUAUUCUGCACUUGAUACGGUGUUUCCACAUGUAGAACAUUUGAAUGAAUGGUAAUUCAACCACAGAACUUGAAUGAAGUAGUACGGACGUUGAAUUGUUUGCUGUGGUCAUUUGGCUAUUCAGAAUAAAAUGGCCUUAGUGGUUAGUUGCUACAGUGUCAAGACACAUACAUAAAGUGUGUCACUCCUUUAAGAAGAUAUGUUGUGCAGUAGCUCAUUGCAAAAAGUAGUAAGAGAUGUUAGUAGUUCCCAUCAACAGGAAUACCCAAGUUUGCCUGGCUCAGCAGCCACAGUUGUUUGCAGUAGCUCUGAUUUACAUAAAUAUGACAAUCCUCUGAUAAUCCUGCUAUGCUGAUUUGAAUAGGAAAGUCCUUUCUACUCCAAUUCAAGUUCUUUGAAUUCAGUCUUUUAAAGUUCACAAGAAAUCUAUGAAAUUCCUAGCUGGAUGUGUCCACAUACUUUCUGUUUUAACACUUGCAUGGGAGACUGUUAACGGUCCAGUUGAUUCAUUUUCUGUUGUUUCAGGUCUUGGCAGUGGUUAUGAUUUAAAAUGGCAGGUAACCUUAAAACAACAUAUUACCCAUAAAACAUCUUGACCCUAAGACCGUUGGCCAUGCAGACAAUUUUUAACCAUCAAGGUCCAUGGAGAGCAUGGAAUCCAUGGGGUCAGAAUUUUUGGAAUUUACCAUGUCUUUAGGCGGGAAUUCCAAUAAGUGUUUUUGACAAGCGGUCAUCUUUUUGGCACAAAAUGUCCUGAUUCACCGGUCUGCAGAGGCGCAGAUGGGUUGAGUUGACUGAGGUGUGUAGUGUAAGACAUUGUGUUUAUUUGAGUGUUUACAAUUCUGCAACCCUAAAACUCGGAGGUACGGCCAAAAUCUUACAAAGUAAUAAUAUUAAUUAAUAAAUAACGUUUUCCCCCCAUUUUGGAAAAAAAAUGUUACUGUAGUCAUGAAAAUGAAAUGUGCUGAGGUUGACAAAGCCAUAGGGUCACUAUGCACUUUAAAAGUACUUUGACUUUUGAUCUAUAAUGCACCCACUUUGAAGUUGAUGGCAUGCUGAGUCCUAAACACAGAAUUACAUAGAUGGUCUUUACUGCUAGCACAACUCCAAAAAAUUUGUCCGUUAUGAGUUCAAUAUUAAACUUUUUUUUUUUCUUUUGCCAGAAGGGAAGGCCCGAGAAACUUGAAUGUCACUUUCUUUUUACUGACUUAGUGACUUUUUUCACAAGUAAUCUACUGGAGCCUCCUAGUGGCAGUGAUGCUGAUGGGUCUGUUUGGUUGCCUGUACAUUCUUCGACAAAAUUUUUGCACAAAGUAUCAAUGACAGUCAACAGGCUAGACCUCUUCUGAAAGGUUAGGAUGUCCAUUGCAAGAUGCCCAUGUCUGAUUUUAGAUCAGAUGGAUAUUAUUUGUGAGAAAUGUCCCAUUUUGACCAGAACAUGUAUCAAAGCUAUGGCUAAUUCAGACUUUUGACCUCUUGUAACAAACAAAUUGUCAUCGCCUUUAUUCAGUGUUAGACAUUUCUGGGAUUAUGACCAGCCCUCUGUCUCAUGAUGACUGGCUGCGAUCAGACUGGGGCCUGGAAAGGCACAGCACAUUAUAUGAAAAUAAAGCUCUUGACAAGAAAAUCUGCAGAAUUUGAACCAAUUGUGGACAGAAGAAGGUCCAAGAACAACACAGGACAUAAGACAAAGUUCAGUCAGUGGGCUCUCACCGAGAACACUGGAAAAAACUCAAACAAAUGCCUCAGACAUUCUACUUCUUACCAAGUACACUGUUGCUUUUACACUGAUAAAACUUAUCAGGGCUGAUGAUCAAGUUUUGGAUUGGAACAACUGACAGCCAGUAUGUCUAGUGUAUUGAAAUUAGACUUUUUUUUUUUAAAUGUAUUAAGAUUUUCUCUAGAUCUUUUGUCAGGAUGGAAACACCCCUGAAACCCAGACUAACUGAAAGCAGAUUUACAAAUACUCAUUGAACAAAUUAAAUGAAACCUAAAAUAACUAAAAAAUGUAAUUUUCAGGUUUUGUAUUCUCUUUUAUGCAACUGGACAUGUAGCAGUGUCUGACAGGUGAUACCUACAGCGAAGCCCUGUAUCAGCUUGGCGUAUCUGCAAAGUGAGUCUAACCCUAUCAACAUUUAUACCAGUUCAUGGUUUCUUAAAAUGAAUGUUGAAUGAAAAGCAAUAUCCUGGAUUUUGCGCAAUCUUUAAAAACUGUGUGAGACAGACUGGAAAUACUGUAUAGUGGAAAACUCAAAAUAGUGUCGGCAUGGUACUUUUUAAACUGCAUGUUGUAUGUAUGCGCUGGUUGAGGUUUGAUAUGAUAUGACUUUUGGUUGAGAACACAUUUAUAAGCCCUGUUGAUGGGACUAGAUCUUACACUGAUGGUAGCAAUACUCACUUGCGCUAUUAUGGUGGUCGAUUUAAACAGCACAAAAUAAAACACUCAUACUGGA